AUGAAACUGGCCGUCUUUAGCGCCAAAUCCUACGACCGCACUUAUCUGGACCAGGUGCGUGAGCGGCACUUUCCUCAACUCUGUACCAUCGAGUACCAUGCCUUCGCCUUAUCUGAGGAGACCGUGCCGCUAGCCCAAGGUUGUGACGCAGUGUGCGUCUUUGUCAACGACACCCUGGACGAACGCGUGCUGAGAUCCCUCCAUGCCUACGGGAUCCGUGCCAUCCUGCUCCGAUGCGCGGGAUUCAACCAUGUGCACCUCGCAACUGCCGAAGAGCUAGGUUUCUUCGUGGCGAAUGUCCCAGCAUAUUCCCCCGAAGCAGUGGCGGAGUUCGCAGUCGCCCUGAUCCAAACCCUAAAUCGUAAGACUCACCGCGCAUACAAUCGUGUACGCGAGGGCAACUUCAACAUCGAAGGCCUCCUCGGGAAUACCCUGCAUGGCAAGACCGUGGGGAUCGUCGGCGUGGGGCGCAUCGGGCUUGCAGCCGCGCGUAUCUUCCGCGGCUUCGGGUGCCGACUGCUCGCACAUGACCCCUUUGCCGGUGAAGAGUUCGACCAGUACGGAACACUAGUUGACCUCGACACCCUACUGAAGGAAAGUCAUAUCGUUUCUUUGCAUUGCCCUCUCACCGAGGGCACAAAGCACCUUAUCAAUGAAGAAACAUUGGCGCGCAUGCGACCGGGUUCCUUAUUGGUCAAUACCUCGCGCGGUGGACUCAUCGAUACCACCGCGGUCAUACAGGCGCUGAAGACGAAACAACUGGGCGGGUUGGCGUUGGAUGUCUACGAAGCUGAAGGUGAGCUUUUCUACAAUGAUCACUCCGGGGAGAUCAUCGAGGACGACCUGUUGAUGCGCUUGAUGACCUUUCACAAUGUCCUGAUCUGUGGUCACCAGGGGUUCUUCACGCGUGAGGCCCUCGAGGAGAUUGCCGAGGUCACACUUGGCAAUUUGUCUGAUUUGGCCUCGGGCCGUUCCUGCAAGAACUCCUUGGUUACGGAGGGACAUGUAUUAGUUCCCCUUGACACAGAACCCGUGAGGCUCUAA